GGAAGACGUCAGAAUUACGCAUCAACUGCAGUUCAUCAAUGCAGCGCGUAAGAGGAUGUUUACUAAUUACAAGCAUGUAAACGCGAGCACAUGGGCGGACAGCUUUGCGGUCGUCGUCGUCAUGAGGGAAGAGGCCCAUCAGUUAGUUGUGUUGUUUUCCUAGUCAGCCUCAACUAUUUCCCAGUAAGUUUAACACUAGAUCCUUGGGGGGGCCGCUAUGUAUGCACCCAUCGAGCGCAUUGCAUAAACGCCUCUUCUUCAGCUGUUGGGUGCAAACCUCCAUUAGUACGACAGCUGGCAUUCACUAACACUAGCUCACUCCAUCGCUAUUGGCGUGUUGGGUCGAAGUGGUCAUGCUUCCAUGCAGCUUGCUCGAUGUUGAUUCGUGUAAGUGCGGCAUACCACUUCAUACUAGUAGCUAACAAAAUGAGGCUGAUUUAUGCUGCGGCUACCGUGGGAAGAGCCCUUUUAUAUAGACAUCCACGGCUAUGCAGUUUGAGAUGAGAGAUGACCACAAUUCCGCCAUGUGCUACCCUAACAUUCUGUUGUACAAAGUAACUCAGUGGCAGCAGUAAACCUACUCGAAGCUGUGAGGUUUCAGAUUCAGGACAGCAACCACGG